AUGCGUCGCGCGCUGCCGAAACCGGGGGUUGGAUACUUAAGUUUGCAAUUGAGCUUUGGGCAACCAACCGCCGGUCGUCGGUUGGACAGCAGCCGAUUUUCUGCUUGCCUACUGGUUGCAUCGGACAGUAAAGAUCACAACUAUUCAGGAGCUACGGAGACCGAUGAGUUAGAAAUAGAUAAAAACGCGAAAAACUUUGUCCUGGUUGAGCGCAUUGCGCUGCUGGCAAAGGCCUGUGCAAAGCCGCAAUGA